AUUUGUCUCCCCACCCUCAAGUCUGUCUCUAUAUUGAAAGGAUGGGAAUGUUGCUAUUAUUAUCUUACAGUCACAGUGCCUGGGAGUCUGCUGAUACUGAAAGGAUCAGCUAUUUGAGGAUGUUGUGUAAUGAAGAGUGACCAAGAGCAUAGAGAGUUGGUGUCAUGGCCUCACAUUUUUUGUGUCUAGCCCCAAAGCGUCCAUCUCUGCCUGGGUAUUUUGUACAUGUGGCCCCCGAACAACUUGCUAGUAAAAAAAAAUGCCUCUGAUUCAGCAAAGAAAAUGACUGCAACAUGUUACAGUGCAGCAGUAAGGCUUCAAGAAGGAGAUGAGAUGAAAUAAUACCUUAAAAGCUGACCUUGUGGACCCAGUGUUCCCUCCUCAGGCUGCAGAACAUGACAUGGAUGCUGUUGGAGGCUGCUGAGCUGAUUGCUUGGGAGCCUGCAGCUGCCUGGUUGUCUCCAACACAGAUACAGCCUCAGCAGCAGUAAUGUACCUGUGUCUCUGUCCAGGUUACUUGACAUGAACAAGUGGACAAGUCAGUCACUUCAAGAGGCAGGUUAGAAGUCUUGGCCCGUGGGCAGCUCUUUAGCAAUCCCAACUGGAACCUCACACCAAAAGGCACCAUGAUUAUGAUGACUGAUGUCACUGCAGCCCCCAGACUGGGGUCAACUGCCACCACUCCAGCUGUGGCUCCUAACUUCUCCUGGAUGCCAGAGGAUGGCAGCCCCACAGCUGUGGAGCAGCCAAUAUUCCUCAUGACCACUGCUGCUCAGGCUAUCUCAGGUUUCUUUGUAUGGACAGCUUUGCUCAUCACCUGCCAUCAGAUCUACAUGCAUCUGCGCUGCUACAGCUGCCCAAACGAACAGCGCUACAUCGUUCGGAUCCUCUUCAUCGUGCCCAUUUAUGCCUUUGACUCAUGGCUCAGCCUCCUCUUCUUCACCAAUGACCAGUACUAUGUUUACUUCGGCACAGUGCGGGACUGCUAUGAAGCCUUUGUAAUAUACAACUUUCUCAGCCUCUGCUAUGAGUAUUUGGGAGGGGAGAGCUCCAUCAUGUCUGAGAUCAGAGGGAAACCAAUUGAGUCCAGCUGUGUGUACGGGACUUGCUGCCUGUGGGGAAAGACAUAUUCAAUUGGAUUCCUGAGAUUCUGCAAACAGGCUACCCUGCAGUUCUGUGUGGUGAAGCCCCUCAUGGCCAUCAGCACAGUCAUCCUUCAGGCCUUCGGCAAGUACCAGGAUGGUGACUUUGAUGUAACCAGUGGCUACCUCUAUGUGACGAUCAUCUACAACAUCUCUGUCAGCCUGGCACUGUAUGCCCUCUUCCUUUUCUACUUUGCCACGCGUGAGCUGCUCAGUCCCUACAGCCCAGUCCUCAAGUUCUUCAUGGUGAAAUCUGUCAUCUUCCUGUCCUUCUGGCAAGGGAUGCUCUUGGCCAUCUUGGAAAAGUGUGGUGCCAUCCCCAAAAUCCACUCUGCUAAUGUGUCUGUGGGUGAAGGCACAGUAGCUGCUGGCUAUCAAGACUUCAUCAUUUGUGUGGAGAUGUUCUUUGCAGCCAUUGCCCUGCGCCACGCCUUCACAUACAAGGUGUAUGUGGACAAGAGGAUUGAUGCCCAAGCUGUUCCAUCAUAUGGGCCAUACGGUCGCUGUGCUCCCAUGAAGAGCAUCUCCAGCAGCCUCAAGGAGACCAUGAAUCCCCAUGACAUUGUCCAAGAUGCGAUCCACAACUUCUCUCCAGCCUAUCAGCAGUACACGCAGCAGUCGACACUGGAGCACGGUCCCCCCUGGCGCAACGGCAGCCACGUGAUCUCACGCUCCCACAGCUGCUCCGGCGCCCGAGACAACGAGAAGACCCUCUUGCUGAGCUCUGAUGAUGAAUUCUAGGGGGGGAAACUGCCAGCACAGGCUGUCAUUUUCUUUUUUUUUUGUUUUUUUUUUAAUAAUUUAUUAAUGGAGAAACACACAAGUCAUAUCACUUCCUAGAGAGUAAAAAUUGCAGAAGUGGGCACUUCCCAUUAGCUUUUGUGGGUACGGACACAAUGAGCAAUGCGGAGGUCGCAGAAUGGCCAGGGCUCCAUGCUUGAGCCCAUUCCAAUGGCAGCAAUCAAAUUGAAUUGAUUCAAGCAAAACUCCAGGGUCUGGGGCUCUGGCUUCCCACACCUGCUCAGCUUGGUGUGGAGUGUGACUGACCAGAGCCUGGAGUUGUAGCCAAAAAUGUUUUUGGUUUUUUUCUGACAGGACAACCUGACUGCUUUCUGUUUCUUUUCCUGAAUGGUUGAUGUAGGCACAGUUUUCUUCCCAGCUCACUGGUAUUAACAUCUCUGUGAUCCUUGGGAAAUAGGAUGGGGAUGCAGCCAUAAGUGUUCCUGAGGACCACACCAGAGACUGGUCUUUCUAAAUAGCCAUUGCCCUGCGUGCUAAGUAAGGAACAUCUGUCCCCACCCUUCUGAGCACCUGGUUAUGAGUCCUGGAGUCACUUGAGGGAGUGAAGGGGAAAAGGACAGGGCUUUCCGCAUGUUCCUUGGCUCCCUGCAUCCCAAGUUGCUAUAAAAGCUUGUUAAAGCUCAGUGGGGAUGGAAUUAUAUUUUCACAAGGGUGGAGUUUUUUAAUCACCAGGUGUCCAAGCUUCCCAUCUCCCUGGCGUUCCUGUGGCAGGAAGCCUCCCUGGAGCAUCUUUCUCCUGCUAACAAGACUGAGGACUGGCUAUGAUAAAUGGUGGAAGUUUGUAGAGCUCUGGCCCCUUCACCCCUCUUUGGGAAGGGAAGAUAUGUAAACACAAAACCAGUUUUUCUUCUUGUUUCCUGUCCCCCAGCAUCACAUCUGCCCCUGUUAGAGGUAGGUGCCAGAGCAGGUCCUGGUCUCUCACAGGUAGCUCUCACCAUGCUCAUCAUCACUGACUUCCCCUGAGCUACACAGGUUUCACCCUUAGGCUGGAAUAUUCAAGAAGGAAUGUUGCAUACUCCUUUGUUUUUUAUCUCUGUAGCUCUUCUGGGGCAGACUGGAGCAGACUUGAAACCUGACAUGACCUGGCUGGUCAAAUUUCUCUCUUUUAUUUUCUCAGGCAGCAAUUGGUGCUGCUGCUGCUGCACAUUUCACAGGCUCUGCUGCACCUGCAGUGCUAUCAAGGGUGGAGCCAGCAUCCAUGGAAGUGGAGAAGCUUUCCCUUGCUUCUGUUGGAUUUUGGAUGAACCCAUGUGUACUUAGUGGAGCCAAAACAAAAGUGAUCCCUCUGUAGAUCUAUCCAGGGACCAGGAAAUGCCUCUUGCUUGCUUAAAAUUAUCUAGGAGAAAAGUAGGCAGCACACUCAAGUGCUACAGUUCAGAUGCUCCUACUUGCAAGCAGGAGGCAGAAUUGAGAGAUUGGAGCAAGCUGCUGUGUUCAGCUGUAGUUUCUCUGUUCCUCUCCUGCUUUAUGCCUCCCCUGCUGAGAGCAGACCUGUGUGAUUCUGGAUUGCUCCUUGCUGUCCUGCUAGGAGAACUGGAGUCUGGUUUGCUGCCUGGAGUUUGCCUUUCCAUUUGUUUCCUAAUCCAUCUGCUUGUUCAUUGAGUGUUUCAGAAACAACAGUGAGUGAAGAGCAUCUCAUUUAUUCAGCAGCUCUGCCCAAGCUGGGUAAAAGGGCUUGAAGACAGAGGCAGGUUUGCUCCCUGCUGUGAGGAUGAGAUAGGGAAAAGCUUAAGGAUAGUGCCUCCUCCUGUAGUGAUGUUUCUGAGGGAUGGUGAAGCAGGUGAGAUCUGUUCUCAGAACUGUUGAGGGAACUGGAGGCAGGGUCAGUGGAUCCAGCAGCUGCUCUGCUGCUGCAUUUCCCCAUUCACACACAUUCUGCAAUGCCAUGCUGUUGGUUACUAAUUUUCCUAAAUUUGUAACUGCUUAAUUAGACAUGCAAACACACUCUGCCAGGCUUUGUGUGGGCUUGGUGUAAAAUUUCCUCAUGCAUAAGGCGCCUGGAAAGCAGGGCUGAAGGUUGAACAGAUUUUGUUUCUGUUUUCUAUGGAUUUGAAUAAUAUUCCUUUAAUGUGAGAUACUCAUGUUAUUCUCUCUUAGGAAAGUGGGGCAUGGGACAUGUUCCCAUCCUCCCCUUUCUUUGCAUUUGCAGGCCUUGAUGAUGUCCUAGUAUCACUUGGUGACUGCCCCCAGUCUUUGUUGCAUUUGGCUGGCUGAAAUCUGUGUGAUUGCCCCAUUGAGUAUGAAGGUGGUCCAGGCUUAGAGAAGCACGUCUUAGAACUUAAUUUGAAAUGUCUCCUGCAUACAUAUAUAUAUAUGUGUGUAUAUAUAUAUAUGCACUGUGCAGAGGAUCUGGAUAUUCUCAAAGCAUCCUGUGUGUAAUGGUUUCAAGUAGAACUUUUGCACCAGCUGCCUUUGGAGGAGCCUGGUGAGCUAGUACCCAACAAGCCAGCUGCCCUACUUUAUAAUUUUAUAUAUAUAUAUAUAUAUAUAAUGUUUUUUAACACCACACAAAAUCAUCCAGCACUGAGCUUCCUGCUCUUCCUCAUGACCAGCAAGUGCCAGAGCACGCACUGGCUCUGAAGCCACUUUGUGUUGGAGGAACAAAUAUGAGAUCCAGAGCUUGAGACCAAGAAGGCCAAGGCAUCCAUGGUCUCGUUGGUCUGCUCAUGGUAGCCCAGGACCCAGGAAAUGUGCCGGUUCCAGGAGUAGACCCUUGGAGCUGCUCUCCCUCACCUGCUUCCGCUCUCCUUCCUUCCUUCCUUUUUUGUUUACUAUGUAACAUACCCAUGGGAUUUGUUUAUUAUUUUUCCAUAUAGAGUAGUUCUUUGUAUAUAAAUGACUGAAAAAAGUAUGAUAAAUAAGACAGAGUCACCUAGUUUUGUACCUAUCGUGUUUAACUGAUGUGAGCUCAGCGACAAGCCGCUCUCUAUUUUGGUCUUUGUGACGUUAUACUCCGCAGAAAUGAGCAAAUAUGAUGACAAAUAAAAAAUAUAGAGAUAAUAUAGAUUGUA